UGGGUGGUCUAUUGCGCAUAGCGUAUGACGAUGGGCAACAGCAACCUAAGCCUAAGUAAGCUAAAACUUAUUGCGUAAAUGCUCUGCCGUUCAGGUACCAGAAAGUGGCAGAAACGUCGCCUGUUGCAUUGCAGGCACAGCUUUCCGUUCCUUCAAACUACGUACCUACAUUAGUACCUAAGGUACUAAUCGUUGACCACUGUUGUACCUAUGGAAGGGCUCAAUAUCAUUGCUUCAGUCAUGCGAUCGUCAACUAGGUAGGAACCAACCCUGACUCAAAGAUAAGCAUGACCCAGCCAGCCGUCCUUUCUAGUGAACGCUGUUAAUUGGCCAACGGGUCCCAACGGGUCCAAUGGAAGCCGCGAGGGCUUCUAAAUGUAACGUCAGAGAAGCAUCCCAGCUUCCACGUCUUGGGAUAAGGGCUAGUCGGUACCCAGACUGUCAGAAUCCUACCCAGCAAACCCAAAGUCCUGGAUGUCCACAUCAUCUAUCUCAUCCCGUCACUGCGUACGGAGUAGUGCGUAUGUACAUACAUAUGUACAAUAUAACCCAUGACCCUGAAGACUGACGUCCGGCCCCCAACCCGACCAAUUGUCAACAACUUCCAGUCCCUUCUUGGGAAGGUUCUGUUCGAUCGAGUCUUGGCUUCUUCACUGGCUUCGUCCCGCCUGGCCUGGGCGUUCAAAUGCGCCUGUUCGCUGUCUGGACUUUGCCCAGGCUGCCUCCAUUACCUACUCACUAACUAUCCGUACUCCAGUUACUCUUCGUUUCAACCUCCAUCCGCAUGUACAUACGUAGUAGGUACGGUCCACCUCAAUGCCCCAAUCACCUACGGUCCAAGAGCACCAUGGUCUUCUAAAUACGCCACAGAUUCAGCUCCCCAGCUAUCCCAACCGCUAUGGGUGCACGAACAAGCCAGUGCACGUUGGGUAGUGCAGCUCGGUCAUCUGUGCCAUUCUGCAAUAGGCUGUUGGCAACGACAUCGAGUCAAGCAACGUCAUAUCAGUACCAACAGUCACAAUGGCACCACACUCAUGCUGGUUGUAACCAUCAUGGCCGAAGAGCCAAAAUUGACUCGCCUAAAACGGUGCCUUCCUAUUCCAGCUUGCUGGCUAUUUUUUCGUCUCACCAUUGCGCCCACAGCGAGUCAGAAUAGGUACGAUAUCAGAUCAGGCAGGCCACAUGGUUGAAAACCGCUCAGAUCGAGAUCUGCACUAACACGGGCUUCUAAUAUGGUGUUCAGGAACACCAUGUUUUCGAUUCCUUGCUGCGUCCGACGGUCUCUUCUCGCGCCAAAGCGCCUGUCAUCCCAACUUUGACCUCAUCUCAAAGGUUCCGUCAUGUUAAUGGCAUCUAUAUGAAACGAUGAAUGGUCGCCUCUUCCCGUAAGACGAGCAUCUGCACAGCAGCAAAAGCUCCAUUUAGAUCAUAUGAAUCUUCAGCGGGA